UCCUCUCUCCAUGAAAUCCUGCAAUAUGCUUCCAAAUAACCGGAGACGCGUCCUCGGUCUGGUGCGCCGUUAGUGCGGGAUCUCAAACCGGUUUCCCCUCCAAAAACCCUCCUCGUCUUUUUUGUUUUUCUGUUCCUUUUUACUGCGGAGCUUUGUGCUGAUGCUGCAGUUCCUCCCAGUCCUCCCAGUCCUCCCCAUCUGGAAGCUUAUUGAUCUGAUUUUCCUCCUUUUAUUUCCAGCAUGAUUUUAAUAAAUGUGUUUUUGCUGCUGAGCUGCGGUUCAAAGCCGUCUGAAGCCUCCUCCUCCUCCUCCUCCUCCUCUUCCUCCUGCUGCUGCUGCGGGCUCGGAUCGACGCUGAAAACCUACACUAAGAGGAUACGGAUGUUGACCAAGACAACAUAGUCUAUUAAUUUUUCAGACAUACUGUAAAACGAUAUCAGUAUUAAAGCCAAGUUGGGGGAAAGGUGUGCAAGGUGAGGACAUCCCCUGCUCUCCAUAUUCCUGCUGGGCACACAGAUAGAAACAGGAUGUGAAGGGAGCGCUGUGAGACUGGUUUGUUUCGCCUUCUUGCAGGUGACGACGGAGAGAAAGAUGUUCAGCUCGGAGACGAUGAUGGUGAUGGCGAGGGAAGCUCUGCCCAGCUCGCGGCCUCACUAAGAGGCUUCUCUUCUUCGACCUGCUGUCCUUCACCUUCACGCCGCUUCCUCUUCCCGUCUUCCGCCCGCCAGGAAGGAUGACCGUGGUGUCCACCGAGAACAUGGACGAGACCUCCACCUUGCCGGGACACCCGCAGGACCUCUACCCGCCCGACGACGACCACGACGACCACGACUGCUGCGAGCGGGUGGUCAUCAACAUCUCGGGGCUGCGCUUCGAGACCCAGCUGAAGACGCUCGCCCAGUUCCCGGAGACGCUCCUCGGGAACCCCAAGAAGAGGAUGCGCUACUUUGACCCUUUACGAAACGAGUAUUUCUUUGACCGGAAUCGCCCGAGUUUCGACGCCAUCUUGUAUUAUUACCAAUCCGGGGGACGGUUAAGAAGGCCGGUGAAUGUGCCGCUGGAUAUGUUCUCGGAGGAGAUAAAGUUUUACGAACUGGGUGCGGAGGCCAUGGAGAAGUUUCGCGAGGACGAGGGAUUUAUCCGCGAAGAGGAGCGACCCCUACCGGAGAAGGAGUUCCAGCGGCAGAUCUGGCUCCUCUUCGAGCACCCAGAGAGCUCGGGGCCUGCCCGGGGGAUCGCCAUCGUCUCAGUUAUGGUUAUUCUUAUUUCAAUAGUCAUAUUUUGUUUGGAGACGUUACCGGAGCUGAAGGAGGAUCCCAGACAGCGGAUGCGCGUGGUGGGGAACAUCACCGUGUAUUACAAACCAAACGUCCUCACCGACCCUUUCUUCGUGGUGGAGACGCUCUGCAUCAUCUGGUUUUCUUUUGAGUUGAUAGUCCGGUUUUUCGCGUGUCCCAGCAAGCCGGCAUUCUUUAAAAACAUGAUGAACUCUAUAGACAUUGUGGCUAUAAUCCCAUACUUCAUCACACUGGGAACGGAGCUGGCGGAGGACCCAGACGCCGUUGAGGGGAAGGGAGGAGGCGAACAGGCCACGUCUCUGGCGAUUCUCAGGGUAAUCCGCCUGGUGAGGGUGUUCAGGAUCUUUAAACUGUCCCGGCACUCCAAGGGCCUCCAGAUUUUGGGGCAAACUCUAAAGGCGAGCAUGCGGGAGCUGGGCUUGCUCAUCUUCUUCCUCUUCAUCGGUGUGAUUCUGUUCUCAAGCGCCGUCUACUUCGCCGAGGCCGAGGAGAAGGAGUCGUUCUUUACCAGCAUCCCGGAUGCUUUCUGGUGGGCCGUGGUGUCCAUGACGACUGUCGGCUACGGGGAUAUGUACCCCGUGACCAUCGGAGGGAAGAUCGUCGGUUCGCUGUGCGCCAUCGCCGGAGUGCUAACCAUCGCACUCCCGGUUCCCGUCAUCGUCUCCAACUUCAACUACUUCUACCACCGGGAGACGGAGGGCGAGGAGCAGGCCCAGCUGCUCAACGUCAGCAACCAGAACUUGGCGUCGGACACCAACUCGAGUCGCCGCAGCUCCUCGGUGGUCAGCAAGUCGGAGUACAUGGAGAUAGACGAGGACAUGAACAACAGCAUCGAUAACUUUAGGGAAGCCAACCUUAGGACUGCCAACUGCACGGCGCCCAGCCAGAACUGUGUGAACAAGGGGAAGCUGCUCACCGACGUCUGAGGCGGCGACUGGCGCACCGCUGUACAUAGUGUAGAAAUAUCUCGAUGCUUUAUCUCCAUUGGUGCAUUUUAUUCUUCUUUUGCAUUGAUCCAUUCAAACGUGUGUGAAGACUUGAAAAGAUCAAGGCACACGUGGUACGUUUAUUAAAAGGAAGAGGCUCAGUUAUUUCUUGAAAUCACAACGACAGACUUGUUUGGCUCAAAGAUCAGCAGGUGUCGGGGGACAUUUUUGAUAAAUUAUUCUCUCAUUUUAGGAAUUUGUAGUUUGAAAGAUGUGGGUGUUUACGAGGCAGUGAAGAUAUCUCGACCCCUGCUGCUUUGAUUAUAAUCAUUCCAAACAUUACCAGACAGGAAGAGAGACAUUAUGGGAGUUAUUAUCAAGUUGCACUAUGGGAAAUGUAGGAACUCGUGUUUCUGGAGUUUGCCCCAAACACAAGACAAAAGUCAGGAUAUUAUAGUCUCCAUUGCUCCUCCGUGCUUCUUUUUAAAAUAUAUCACUCGCAAAUUCUCAAUUUUUAUAAAAGUGCAGUAGGAUAUUGACUUUUUAACCAAGAUGUAUAGGUAUACUACAGAUUUAGGCUGUUAAAGCACAACUUUCUGAUGUCUUUGACGUCUCUUAAAUGUGAUUUAUAGAAAUACAGCGUGUUUUAGAUGAAUUCAGAUGAAAACAAUGUUGUUCUGGAGAUUUUCAUGGAUGCACAAGAGAGAAGAAGGGGGGGGCUAAUUAAGGCCCUGUCCACAUGUAUACAGAUUAGUGCUGUCAAUCAAUUGAAAUAGUUAAUCGCGAUUAAUUGCAAAUUAACUGCACAUUUUUUUUGUUCAAAAUUUACCUCAAAGGGAGAUUUGUCAAGCAUUAAAUACUCUUAUCA